CUCGGGCGUACUAUACGCGCAGCGGACUCCGCGAGGAAUGUCCGCAGUCAUUCGGGCUUCCAUAGUCGAGCGCACUUCCGCGCUGUAGUUUCCUGUAAAAAUGUCCGAGAAAAAUCCCAGCGAUGUGAAAAAUACAUGCCUAGCAGUCUUUUGUGUGACACUGGUGCACGGAGCGGAGUCCGUGUGGUCGUAAAAUCUGAGCUUUGCGCGCACAGGGCUUGCGGACGUCUGCUUUUAGUCCGGGCGGACCUCCGCGGAGUCCGCUCUGCGUACGUUCCAGGCUGUAAAAUGACGUUAGCGGUCUGGUCGGUCUCAAAAAAAAAAACCCCGGUCCAAGACGGAGUACCGAACCUAACUGGUAUUACCGAGAACCGACCCAACCCUAGCGCAAUGGCUGCACACUGAGAUAAAUUGAGUUCAACUUCUGGAACACAGCAGUGCGCAUCGCAUGUCAUAUGACAAGGAUCAACCAAUCCCAGUCAGCAGAUAUCUUUCCCAUCAUCCGUAAAUAUCAGUCUCUGAUAAAUAUGGAGAAGAAGCUGAUCAUUUUAGUGCAGGGCUGCCAGAGCUUUACAUCUGUCCCACGGACAAUAGGCCUACACACAAACAGUGCCUGGAAGAUCAGCUCUGCACUCAGGAUUUCCAGUAAAUAGGCCAUUAUAUGGUGCUUGUUGAGGUUGCUUAGCAUACUCAGAUGCAACCUGACGCCACGCACUUGAAAACUGGCACAGAAAAGGCACAAGAGUUGCACCUAGCACUUGACCUUGCCUUUUCCAGGUGGUUAAAGACACAACAUAUGUAAAAAGAUAUGAAGAUUCUCUUCACUGGUCUACAUCGUAAAAAAAGUACAAUAUUUUAAAAAUGACAAAUAGUCAUAGUCAUAUACUCUAAUAAUAAAUGGCUACAGAUUUGGAUGGAUGAUGAAUGUUAUUGGGUUCGAAUGGACUAAUAUUUGGGUAGAGGACAUUUGACGAAGUCACCUUAGGCUAUAGGACACUGUGAUGGGCAUUUUUUGCUGUUGUAUGUGUUAGGGCUGAACGAUUAAUUGCAUUUGCGAUAAUAUCGCGAUAUGACAAAACGAGAUUUUCUAACCGCAAAGGCUGCGAUUUGACUGGUCACGUGAUCUGGUCACAUGACUUGCGAGUGAGCCAAGCGGAGCAAAGCAGAGCAGGCAGGGAGAGAAGUCAACGCUGCGCUUUAACCUGCUGCACAAUGGCCUCAGGCUUGUCAGAAGAGCGCACAGCUAAAAGUUUGGUACCAAAGAGGGGCGGCACGUCAGUUGUGUGGAAUUAUUUUGGCUAUAAAAAAGAAGAUGCUGCGCAACGUCAGGUAUUGUGCAGAACGUGCCUCGCUACUGUUGCUACCUCACAAGGUAACACUAUGAACCUUUAUCAAUACUUAAAAAAAACCCACAAAGCCAUGUACGAUAGUUGCAUGGCUAGAAUGCCAACGACCAGUGCUACAACUUCAAGUAAGCAAAGUACCAGCCGACAGGGAUCACUGACCGAACUGUUUGAAAGUAUUACUCCUUAUGAACAGAAUUCGAAACGGCACGCGGAAAUAACUCAGGCAAUAACGGAGUUCAUAGCGAAAGACAUGAUGCCCAUUAGUGUAGUGACCAAUCCUGGGUUUACGGCUUUGGUAAACACAAUGGAUAAGCGGUACAGAAUGCCCUCACGCACACAUUUUAGCCAGGUUGCCAUACCUGAGCUAUACAAAAAAUGCAGACAGAGAGUUGCAGCGGAGCUGAAAACAGUGGAGUUUUUUGCAACAACAACUGAUCUGUGGUCGAGCCGUACGUCGGAGCCAUACCAGAGUCUAACGGUGCAUUACAUUGACGAAGACUUAAAUCUCAAAGCUCGCUGCCUUCAAGCAUCCUACUUCCCGGACGACCACACGGGGGAAAACACUGCAGCCGCCCUGAGAGAGGGGCUUGCCAGCUGGGAUCUACAGGAAGAAAACCACAUCUGUAUAACGACGGACAACGCAUCGAAUAUGGUGAUGGCAGCACAGAUAAAUGAAUGGACCAGACUGCAGUGUUUUGGGCACCGAUUACAUCUUGCCAUCGGUACGUAAAUUAGUAUCAUGACGUAUGUCGGCAUGUGUGUGCGUGAUUGUGUGAGCAGAGAGAGACAGUGUGUGUGUGUGUGUGUGUGUGUGUGAAUGUAAGAGGUGGAGGGAGAGAAUGUGAAUGUGUGUAUUUAUUCCAAAGUUGAUAACCUUAAUCACACAAAUCAAAUUGUAUAAAUUACACUGUUCUUAUAUUAUUUUGUAUUACAGGACAUGCACUCAAAGAUGACAGAGUGUCAAGAGCAAUAGGGCUGUGCAAGAAGGUGGUGGGGCACUUCUCUCACAGUUGGAAGAAGAAGGCAGCAAUGACUGAAGCACAGAGGGAGCUCAAACUUCCUGAGCACAGCCUCAUCACUGAAUGCCCAACAAGAUGGGGAUCCAAAGAAAUGAUGAUUGCCAGGGUGCUAGAGCAGCUCAAAGCCAUUUCUCAGGUAUUGUCAGGUGACCGAUAUGCACGCUCCCUCAUCCCAUCCUGGCAGGAUGUUCAGGUGUUGGAGUCUAUUCACAAUGCACUGCAUCCUCUCCUGGACUUUACAGAUGCUCUCUCUGGAGAGGAGUAUGUGAGCAUCUCCUACCUCAAACCAGUUCUUCACCUUCUGGCCACAUCAGUCCUGGCUGAAGAUCAAGAGGACACUGACCUGACUAGGUCAAUCAAAACCAAGGUCCUGGCAUACCUCAAUGAUAAGUACAGUGACCCCAGCAUCCAAGAGCUUUUGGAUGUUGCAUCCUUCCUGGACCCCAGGUUCAAAACCCAAUACAUCACCGCAGACAACAUUCCUACCAUUAAGACCCGACUCAAGACUGAAAUGCUGGAAUCAGCAAGGCGUGCAUAUAGCCAGGAGAAGAGGUCUCGUACUGAAACCACUCCGAGGCCUCAAGGUGCACAGCCCUCUGGCGAAGAGGUAAAGAAGUCUCUUGGCAGCUUCUUCAAGACUGCUGUGGCCUCUUCUGCUUCUCCCAUGCAACUUGAAGAUGUCACUGAGGCAGAGUUAAACAUUUACCUCAUGACCCCUGCCAUUGAUGGAGAAGAUGACCCCUUAGCCUGGUGGAAGGUGCACAAGAUCAACUUUCCACGACUGUGCAAUAUGGCCCGCAAGUAUCUCUGUGUCCCUGCGACAAGUGCUCCUUCAGAGCGUCUUUUCAGCGCUGGAGGGAAUAUAGUGACUUGCACUCGCUCGUCUUUAAAACCAGCGAAAGUUGACAUGCUGGUUUUCCUUGCAAAAAAUCUGUGAGCUCCUGAGAACUACACAGAAGAAUCUUUCUGGCUGACAGUGCCAUACUCAUUUUGCACUUUAGUAUGUUGUGUGCUGCUGUUACUGAGUGAAUAUCAUAUUUCCAUUAGUGUUCAAAAAGUUUUUUUCCCCUUCUUUUAAUAAGAACAUUCACUAGUUUAUCUUGUGUUCAUUGGGAGUUUGAUAUACCUAAAAAAUGUCCAAUUGGUUAAAGCAGAUAUUUGUUCUCCUUACUUUUCCUGCACUUUAGUAUGUGC